CCAUUUUCAAAUCCUACGAAAACCUACUAACUAUAAAAAUGAAGGUUCACUUCCAUUCAUUCUAAAACCCUAGUAUUUCGCAUUUCUCUUUCCAUUGUGUUUCAGAGCAGCACUGAACUAUACCCAGAGAGAGAGAGAUGGAGACUCGUGCCUCAAAGAAAAGAGCAACCACCAAUCAACAACCGUCUGUCCUUGUUCCCAAAAGGCAGAGGGUCGUUUUGGAAGAAUUUCCAGAUCUCGACAUUUCUGAUUACCGGCCUCUACAGAAACUCCAGUGUCGAAAAAACCCUAACCUCAGCAAAUCAGCAUUAACUUCAACAAUUUCUUUACUUCCUAAUUCCAAUUUGGAUAAGUCUGUUUGUAACAAAAGCAAUGCUAAACGUGACAGUCAGCAGAUUAUCGAGCCUUACCUAUCCGAUAUCUCCGAUUAUCUUCGCACAAUGGAGAUGCAGGAAAAACGAAGACCAGCGGUUGAUUACAUGGAUAAAGUUCAGACAUGCAUUACUACAAAUAUGAGGGGAACAUUGGUGGAUUGGUUAGUUGAGGUUGCGGAUGAAUACAAACUUCUCCCUGAAACUCUUCAUCUAGCUGUUACCUACAUUGACAGAUUCCUAUCUAUCCAUUCUCUCAAUAGAUCCAAGCUUCAGUUGCUCGGUGUUUCCGCUAUGCUCAUUGCAUCGAAGUAUGAAGAAAUCACUCCACCAAAAGCAGUGGAUUUCUGCCAAAUUACUGAUAACACAUAUGAACUGCCUGAGGUUUUAGAGAUGGAAGCUCACAUACUCAAGUCCCUAAAUUUUGAAAUGGGAAACCCUAAUGUCACCACUUUCUUAAAGAGGUUUGUUGCAAUUGCUUCUGAGAAUCGAAAGACUUCCAAUUUGCAGUUUGAAUAUUUGUGCAACUAUCUUGCUGAUUUAAGCCUGCUUGACUAUGAGUGUAUAAAAUUCUUGCCUUCUGUUGUGGCUGCCUCUGUUAUAUUUCUUGCCAAAUUUAUUAUCCGGCCUAGAGUACAUCCUUGGACUUUGUCCCUUUAUGAAUCACUGGGUUAUCAAUCUGAUGAUUUGGAAGAAUGUGUCACCAUUCUUCAUGAUUUGUAUUUGUCAAGAAGGGCAGCAUCCUUGAAAGCUGUUCGUGACAAAUACAAGCAGAACAAGUUUAAAUGUGUAGCAAACUUGCCUUCCCUGCCAGAGUUGCCAGCCCUUUACUUUGAAGAAGUUCAUGGCUGAUAAUUAUAAAUGACUUUUUGAGGCGUCUAAUAUGAAAGGAAUUAGUUUCUUCUGCACAAAUGGAGAUGAUUUCAAAUUUUGGUGUUUUGGCUUGUGGAAAAUAAAUCUCUGCUACAGAAGAUGGUGAUAUUUUCAAAAUAUACACGACUUUUGACAAUUAUUCAACGACGGAUAGCAACCUCUGUUGGAUUUUGCUAGUCCAAUUAUCAAUUGAUGGUCACAUCUGCCAGAUUUUGACAAUCCUUUGCUAAUGGACCAACUUUGUGUUCAAGUUGUCAGAUAUAGGCUAUUCUCCUUCUAUCUUGCCCAUGAUAAACUAAUUCAUAUGUUUGGUCACUUGCUGAAUACUAUAUUGUUUAGUGUUGUUUAAUUGUUUAUGAUUAUAGAAUUGCAAAAGUGUAAACAAUAUAAAUAGCAUAUAGUAUAUGAUAUUAAUAUUUUUUGCAAUAAUGAAUACAAGACUCUUCCUACA